CUGGAAGUGUCGCGCCGGCCAUUGCGCGGUCGUGUUUUGGUUCCGGAAAAAUGGCGGACUCUUGUUUUCAAGAUCACUAGUACGGAGCCUGACGACAAUUUUGAAAUAUAUAAUCUCGCGAAAGUUGACAUGUCGUGCGUAUAAUAAUUGCAGUCACGACAGCUUGCCAGUGUGAGAACUCGAGUGCGUGUGAUAUCGCAGUGCUCGCUGCUCUUGAUCACCGGCGUCGUCGUCUCGACAAGCGGUGUACGUACCAAGCGUGCAGCACACAGGAUUCCGAAUUCAGUGUUAUCGGGUAUGUUUCUACCGUGGAUUUAGUCGGCGCGUGUGUAUGUCUAGAGACUCGACAUACGGUGGCUCGCAACUUGUCAGAUGGUCGCGCGUCAUCGCUGGUCGCUCUAAUCCCAACGGUGUUUACGAUCUCAACCGCUAACAACGCGAUUUGGUUAAGUCGCUCGAACUACUGGACAAGCUCCGUACAUAUGAUACCGGGACAGGACCGCGCGUGUUCCUCUCGGUGGUUCACGUUACGAUGUGAUGCACAGGCAUCGUGGCUGUGAACUGAUUGUCAGAUAAGACGCGUGAACUCACGAUGGCGAACAGUGAUUUCGACGUGGAGCUCUUCGAGCGAAGGCUCCACACACUGAAGGACUCUCAGGAGUCCAUACAAGGGCUCUCCGCGUGGUGUCUGGAGAGAAGACAACAUCACAAGAAGAUUGUUGCCACUUGGCUGCAGGUCUUGAAGAAAGUCAAAGUGGAACAUCGUCUCACAUUGUUCUACUUGGCAAACGAUGUUAUUCAGUAUUCAAAGCGGAAAAAUUUUGAAUUUGUGGAAUCAUGGGGCACAACUCUGCAACGUGCUACAACAAUGGUCCGAGAUGAGAAAGUGAAACAUCGUAUAUUGAGAAUCUUUAAAAUCUGGGAUCAACGACAGAUUUACAAUGAGGAGUUUCUCACUGAUCUAUCUGGAUUGAUUUCGGCGGCUCCAAAAAAAAAACUGGAGCCUCAACCGGCUGCUCCAACUGAGGAAUUUCAAGCAGCUCUGUUAAUCUCAACGAUGAGAUCAUGUGCAACUCUGGAACAAGCGACUGACGCCAGGCUACGUGAUUUACGAGAAAGUAAUAUAGACAUAGAAAACGCAGAAGAACUAUGUUCGUCGUUAAAAGACAGAAGGCGAGUGGAAGAUGCUGAGAAAGAAGUUGAACUGGCUGUACGAAAUGUUGAAAAUUAUGUACGUGCAUUAGAGGCAGAGAUUAGAGAAAGGACACAAGUGGUCGACUUGUUGGAGCAGGCAGAUCAAUUUUAUGAGACUCAACGUGGAGAAGUUAAAAUAGUGUCAAACGCAUACCGAAAUUUCGGUAGUCGUGUGAAAAACCUGAAGAAAAAGCUAGACGAGCUGCUGCCGACUUUAAUCUCUCCGAUACCGUCGCCCGAUGUGAAUGCACCUUCACCGAGUCCCGAUAGUGAUAUAGAACUUCCAGGAGAUGAAAUUCAAGCAACGAAUCCGUCGAGGAUAAUCGAUGUAGCGCCACCAACUCUCUAUGGGUCAUAUACUCACGAGUAUGAUCCUGUACCUGUGCCUGCUCCUGAAAUGGUACAGGCUAACGAGUCAGCAGAUUUUACCAACAACUUUCCUUCCUUCAUGGGAGGAAAUGUGGAUUUUGGUAAUAUGAGAAAUUUGUUCAACGAAAGGCCCGCGACGCCUCCUGGAAUGUCUGAACAAUACAAUGACUCUAUAGAGGCGAAACCUAUAGAGGUGAUUAAUAUGAGACCUUCGAAAAACGAGAAGAGCAACUCGGAAUUCAAUGUGUCUAGUUUCUUGAAAACGCUUCUUCCGUCUUCCGACGGGACGCCGGAUCCGGGUGCUAUACCGGGUCUAGGUUUGGACGUAUCUGACGGUCAAGUGGGCUCGCCACAACGUCCUAACUACAGACUCUCGCCCACGUUAGGGCAGCUUCCCGUAACGCCUGUGAUCUCAAGAAUGAUCGGUAGUCAGGGUGCAUCAUCCAUUGGUGGUUUAAACAACUGCCAGAUGAGUCAUAGUACCCCUUUGCCAGUUCGCAAUUUGUCCAGUGAGUCACACACACCUUCUCCGUAUUCCAGUCAAAACAGUCAGAGUAAUAUAACCGGUCCCUUCGACGGUCCCGCGAACGCCAACACGGUUAAUCCAUUACCUCCUCCACCUUUACCGCCUAUCUUUCUCGACGAUGAGAACUGCUAUAACAAGCUGCCGCCCAAGUUUCCCACGUGGACUCCGCCGAACGAGAGCGUCAAGGAACCGGUCAAAUGGGAAGAAAAGGAUUUCACUGUGUAUUCAGGAAAAAACAGCAUGAAUCCCACGUGGCCUGGCGAAUGCGACGACAAGAACAAGAGCUCGUGGAUGGAUGGUGAAGGGGACAGGUGGGACUCUAAUAAUGAUUCCACGUGGCCGAGGACGAAAAACGAGAUAAUCUCCGAGACCCCAGAAUCACCGCCCAUGUAUGAAAAGGCCGGUUUCGCCGAGCCGGUCGAAUAUAACGAGCCCCAGCCGCAGGAAUCUCUGAAUAGCACCGGGGACGUGGAUCAUAGAGUGAUUCCGAUCCCAUUGGCUAUCGAGAAUCAGUUGCCAUAUCGCCUCAUAAAAGCGGCGGACGUAGAUCAUCGUAAUUUGAUCAGUCUUACUGGUAGUCCUGCGAAUCACAACAACCUCAGCGAUUUGUCUCUCUCUUCUUUGCCAAAUAACAAUAGUUUGUGGUCCACUGGUGACCAAGAUUAUCGGCGACACAUGCAACCCGGUGACAUUGUCGAAAGCGUAGACAUGGAAAUGUCAGACGAUGAGAACGACAACAAAUCAAAGGGCAGAGUUCUCGUCGAUCUGAGGUCUCAGGAUCGUGACAUGCGUGUAGGAACAUCACUGUCCUCGUCGCAUUUGGACAUGGACAUGCGCAUGAUCCCACUGCCCUCUGGACAAAUGCCUGGUUCGCGUGGUCAACUGGUGCAAGAUGGUCGUUUGCUGCACACGGGUCCACCUCCACCGCCGCCGCCGCCGCAGUUUCAUCAAAAUCAGGGCGGUGGUUUUCGGCAGGAACAAUCCGAUUUUCAUCGCGGCCAGUCGGUAGAUUUCCACUCGAAUCAAUCGAAUUUCCAUCAGAACAGACCACCGCCUAAUUUCCUGCAGAGCUCGCAAGACUUUCAUCAGAAUCAACAAGACUUUCGUUCGCACCAUCAGUCUCAGCAGGACUUUCAUCCUUCUCAGCAGGACUUUGAAUACCGCGAUAGGCAGCACGAUAUUCGUACCAAACAGGAUUUUUUGACGGAGUCGCCGAAUCGUGGCAGGUACUCGCAAUCGGCGGACCGCGAUCAUCAGCACCGCGAUAAUUUGUCCUUCCAUAGGAACGACAGGAGCAAUCGUAGUGGUCGCGGAUUUCCUAGGAACCGUCGGGACCGAUAUUCCGAUGAUCACAACAUGAAGCAACGAAAUCUCGUGAAUAGCCGCAAAUCGAGAUCGCAGGAUCAGCAAUCGUCACCCGAGAUCUUGCCAAAUAGCCGGCCACUGCUGCUGCAACCGCCCGACACUGUCGUCAUUCUCGACGACGAGGGUAUGCCGAUCGGCAUGCCGGAAUUCGAUUCGCCAGAGAACGCACCACCAUCGACCAGUGUGACGACUCGGGAGUCUCAGGAGCCUCAGGAUCGCGAUGAUAAUAAUCAAAGUGCGACGUUGCUGACACGCCGGACAUCGCGCGACGCUUCAAGCUUGCAGGAUUCCGAACGUAACCAACAGCAGCAACAGCAACAACUACCAGCACUACCACCACCACUACCACUGCAACAACAGCAGCAGCAGCAACAACAACAACAACAACCACAACAACAACAACAACCACAACAACAACAACAACAACAAGACUAUCCGGUGGGCUCGAGUAUCGCAUCUGAUCACGAGCAGGCACCGUCCUCAAUCGGAUCGGAUGAUCAGCAAUCAAUGAAUCAAGUGACGGUCAUUCCGAUAACUACGGAUAGCGACGACGUGCAACAAAAUCAGUACGUUCCUAUUUCAGAGUACGAAGAACACGUAGAUUCGGAGCACUCGGUGGCCACGGAGAAGAUAGCGAGCGAUGAGAACGAAUCGGUGCACGAGGGGCAAAAUGCGAGUUGUGCGGAGAACGAGCGGUUGACGAGCGAGCAGGCAGGUACAGUCGUGCCGAGCAACGAAUUGAAAAGGCCCUCUGCAAACGGCAACUUCGACGAGCAGACGCACGAAGAUAACCCCAACAAGAAGAGGACUCUUUUACCGAACGGGCCGCAAACGUCGAUCGACUCCGACCCAAACAGUGGUCCCUCACCGCACGGUAUGUCAACUCCGACGGAGGUGCACUCGGUGAUGCACGAGCACGACGGUCACGGUUCACCGUCACCGUCGCCGUCGCCGUCGCCGAACUUCCGGCCGCGCAUCGGCGUCUUGGCGCCUUUCCCACCCUGGCGAGGUGGACCUCCCAGAGGGACUAGAGGAGGAUUCAGAGGUGGGCCACGAGCGCCAUGGUUGGACAGCAGAGGGCCACGCGGACCCGGAGCUGUCAACUUCCCACCGAGGGGAUUGAAACGUGGCGGACAGUUUCGUGGUAGUAGUUUCAGAGGCCGAGGACGAGGCAGUAAUUGGUAGAGAUAUCGAUAGUGAUAGGGUCAUACAGCAUUGUCAUGAUAGUACGACUUGGUGAUUAUUGACAGAAACGGCUAUGAUCUUACAGCCGAAUUCUAUGAAAGGAAACGGUACAAGAGAGAGAGAAAGAGAGAGAGAGAGAGAGAGAGAGAGA